CUGCUUUCUCUGCUGUGAUUCACGACAAACUCCAGGUCCCCAACACCAUCCAGAAGGCAUGGAAUGACCGGGACAACCGCUGUGACAUUUGUGCCACACAUCUGAACCAGCUGAAGCAGGAAGCCAUCCAGAUGGUGCUGACCUUGGAGCAGGUGGCUGGCAGCGAGCGCUACGAUUUGUCGCCCGGCUCCCCCCCACCGCUCUCCAACAUCCCCACCCUGGUGGGGGCCCGGCACGUGGCGGGGCUCCAGCAGCCCAGGGACUGGGCCUUUGUGCCUGCCUCCUACGCCACCUCCAACUACACAGGCUUCACCAACAAGCACAGCAGCAAACCCAACAGCCUUGGGGUCAGCAAUGGGGCAGAAAAGAAGAUUGGGUCCCCAACCCACCAGGCCAAGGUCAGCCUCCAGAUGGCCACCAGCCCCAGCAAUGGAAACAUCCUCAACUCGGCGGCCAUCCAGGCUCACCAGUUCCUGGAUGGCACCUGGUCCCUGUCGAGAACCAAUGGGGUCACCCUGUACCCCUACCAGAUCUCCCAGCUGAUGACAGAGAGUGGCCGCGAGGGACUGACAGAAGCCGCGCUGAACCGCUACAAUGCAGACAAGCCGUCCGCCUGCACCGCCCCAGCCUCGCAAGGCUCCUGCGUGGCCAGCGAGCCUUCCUCGGGCACCUCGGUGGCUGCUUCCUUCUUUGCACGGUAAGAGAGGUGCUCGGACCCUUGUUUUUUCCCAUGAACCCAUCUGGUUAGCCUCUUGCAUGGACCAGGUCAGCUAAAACC